UGUAUUACAAGUUGUCUUGUCACUCGCGGAGUAUAUAAUUCGGGGAUUCCAAACUCUGUCAAGGAUUCGCCAGCUCACUAAUAUUACCGGUGUGACGUGCGCAGGAUUUCAUAGUCUAUUCAAAUGGAGAUACCGUUAAGAAGUGCAUUCAAAGAGAAGUUGAAACGCAUUAGCAAGGAGGACUUGAAGUAUGUGGAGAAGGAUUUGCAAUAUUACGAGAAGGUAUCCCUUACAUUUCUAUUGUUCGGAAGUCAACAGAAGCAAAAUGUUUUUUAUGCUCUACAAAAACUUAUGACUAUGUUCAAUAGUCAAAACGACGACUCUCAAAUUUUGUACGACUUUGCAACGAUAACACAUGAUGAUGAUUGGAAAUUGCCACUCAUCGAAGCUCUUGCCAUUAUCCAAGCUAAUCGUGUUAUACGAAAAUUAGGUCUCGAUAAGGAAGAAAUUUAUGAAAUGUUCUUACCGCUCACACCUGAGCUCAGCACCAACAUACACCCCAUAUUAAAGAUUUUGUAUAAAAUUUGCGAAGUAUUAACCCCAGCCGAAGCCGGAAAACUCCUAUCGAUUAACAAAAACUCGACUCUACGUUUCUAUGAUGAGUCGUAUUUGGAGGUAUUUUUUCUCGACUGGAUUUCAAAAGAUAUUAUUGCUAUCGGGGACGUACUGAAGAAAAAACCACCAAAUUUGGAUGAACUUGUUGAAUAUUUCAAAUUCAAUGGAAAAAUUGGACUGUAUGACUUAACACUGAGUGCAAUUAGCAGAUUUAAUGAGAACAUACGCGCAAGGAGUAAUGUCAACGAUUCAGCGUUGGGGACCUUCAGUACUGAUAUGUCAAGAAGUCGAAGCUUUGAUAAGAAUGAUAGUCUACAUUUGGAGGAAGCUGAUUUGUCGUAUAAAAUUGGAUACGAAACGGCGGGAUAUUUGUUAAUAAUAAAUCAAAUGGAAUUCCAUAGGGAAACUGAUCCUGAACUGCAGCAUUUACUACCUAAAAAAGAAUUGCGUCACCGUGAGGGGUCUGAACUAGAUGAAAAUAUCUUAAAGGAAACUUUUGCCACAUUUGGAUACAAGGCUGCGGUAAAACCUAAUUUGAAACAUCACGAGAUAACGUCAGUAGUAGCGGAUUUUGUAGCUCGUAGCGCUGCUUAUGAUUCAUUAGUAGUUUGCAUAUUAUCUCAUGGAGCACAAGGCAUCGUUUACGGAAGCAAUAGCAUACCAGUUGAACUUUCGAAAAUCGAAAAACUUCUCACCAACAAUAGCCUUUUGAAUAAACCGAAGUUGUUGAUUGUCCAAGCAUGCCAAGGAAGUGAUUUGCAGGAAGCAAGGAGUAUUAAUUCAGAAGAGGAGAUGGAUGGUCCUGGCGAUACAGCUGCUCCGCAUGCGGAUAUGUUAGUGGUAAUGUCGACAGUGCAAGGCUUUGCUUCCGUUCGCCACGUGAAAAAGGGAACAUGGUUCAUUCAAUCAUUGUGCAAACAAAUACGAACCUAUGGGAGAGAAAAGCAUAUUUUGGAUAUUUUAACAAUUGUCUCUCAAGAUGUACAGAAAAAACGAGGAAGUGGCGAUGAGUGCAUGGUACCAGUACAUUCUUCGACUUUGAAAAAGUUUUUAUAUCUUCCGAAAUGUCCUUAAAAUAUCUUUACAUAUAUCUGUAUACUUUCGAAAUAUCACUGAAAAAUUUUUACAUAUAUGCAAACAUAUAACAAUAAACAGUUAAUUUAGUAAGAGGAAAGUACACAUUUCUUCCAUUUCUUUUGAAAAGCAUGAUCUGUUCAUGGGUGAUUCAAAGUUGCAUUUUUACCAAAAAUUUAUUAUUAUUUUCAAAAUAUGUUAAAUGAUUAGGGAGGCAACCAGUGUUGUUUUUCUGCAAAAUAUAAUAAUCGACCGAAUACAGUUUAGUUAGUUUUGGGAUAAUUUUAAGAUUUUGUGUAAAAUAAAACCUUAUUAAAAUCGA